GUGAAGCCUGUCCUGUUUACGGUCCAUGCGGUUGUCACCAACUCUGACCUGCGGUUCGACCACACUGAGGUGGACUUUGGACACUGCUCCAUUUAUGAGUCUGCUCAGAUUGCAGUGCGUUUCACGAACUGUUCCUUAUUACCUCAGGAGUUUGGCUUUGUGGGUAAUCCUAAGUUUAUUGACAUCCAGCCUAAUGAUGGUUUUGGCACUUUGCUGCCUUCACAAUGCAUGGAGAUUUACUUGAUCUUCAGUCCGUCAAAGGCAGGGGAAUACAAGUUCACACUCACAUGCAAAACAAGCAUUAACAGAGACUUCCUGUUAUCUUGUCAUGCGACUGCCAUCCAACCUUCCUUGAAACUCUCUGAUUGUUUGGUUGAGUUUGGAGGGACAGCGGUGGGAGACCGGACCACUGCAGUAUUGUAUGUGGAGAAUAUCAGCGCAGGGCCUGAGGCUGCAGCCCGGCUCUUCACCUUCUCUGUUCCGGAAAACUCUGACAUCACCAUCACACCUACUUCAGGAAGAGUUCUACCUGGACAGAAGUGUCUGGUCCAGGUUACAUUCAGCCCAACACUGUCUGAUGACGUCAUCAACACAGAAGCUCUACACUGGAGAGAGGAAUUUCAUACUGACACCAGCAACUGCCAACAUACAGAACCUGAUGCCAAAAGCAAAAUAGAGGCCCCAUUGCUUUUGGUAAAAGAUCAUGGCAGCAAAGUGAUGCCUGCAAAUGGCAGCCCCUUCCAUUCCCCAAGCCCAGCAGAUAUUCAGGCAGGCUCUUUUGAAUAUUUGGCUGUAAAGGCUUCACUAUUGCACUCUUUUACUGAGCGUCACGUUCGCUAUGUCAUAUCCUGCUUCAACUCUUCAUCAGACUUAGUGCUGGAAACAUCAGAGGAGCCCAGAUACAGCACACAUCAGACACUCUAUCUGGAGUUGCGCUGCCCAGCCAUCAAACCAGCAUUACUGCUCAUCUCUGACAGUGGACACAACACCAUCCACUUUAAUCAGGUGGCAGUAGGUCAGAAAGUGUUAAAAAAAUUGGUAAUCCAGAACAUUUCUUCAGAGACUGUAAAGCUGACAUCAUCACUGCUGGAUGUGACUGGGCCAUUUUCUGUGCUGAAUGCCAUGCGUUUCAUCGGUCCUGAAGAUACACACAUGAUCCUGAUCGCAUUUACACCCUCUCUGGCCAAGAAGUACUAUGAAACACUGGAGGUGAGCUGCAGUCAGAUGUCGCUGGAGCUCGCAUUGUGUGGUGAAGCUGUAAAUCCCAAUAUCACCUGCUCAAAUGAAGGACACAUUAACUUUGACUAUGUUCCUGUAAAUGAGAGUGCCUCACAAGUGUUCAGGCUGCAGAACAUGUCCUCACUGGAUGUGCAGUUCAGUGUGCUGUUAGAAGGCCACUGUCUUACAGAACGGAACGACCGGAUACAGUCGGUCAUGGACUCCACAGUACAUGUGGGUCCUCAGAACUACAGUGGGAUGAGUGUGUUCCACGUGUCACCGUCAGGAGGAGCUAUUACUUCUGCAGGAGCGCUUGACAUCACUGUGACCUUCCAUCCCGAUCAUGAGAGUCUCCGUUACAGAGAUGUUCUCACAGUGCAACUCAUGAACAAACAAACGGUGUGUGCGCUGGAGCUCCGGGGUUCUUCAUGUCGACACAAUAUGUUUGUCUGUGGUGGGGAUCCAGUAGACGUCUGUUCUGAAUCACUCAUCCCAUCUCAUAUAUACACAUCAGGACUCAUGAAACAUGAAGAUAGCAAGCGUUUGCUACUGACACUCAGGAGUGAAUAUCAAGAGGGCAGAGCAAUCGUAGCCACACGCAGACUUCACGUCGGAUGUGUCUACAGCACAAAACCAACCACAAAAAAAACGGUUGAGUUUACCUGGGAGAAUAUCUCACCUGUUGAGCAGCAGGGCUUCAAAGUGGCACCAAUGCAAGGAAGUGUGGAUGCAGGACAUAGAUGUCCCAUCACCAUCUCCUGGAUGCCACCUAGUGGUCUCGCUCCAAACUCAGUGGUGCAAGCGUGUGCUCUGCUGACCGUCAGAGGAGAUGAGACUGACGUUUACCGAGUCACUCUGAUGGCCCAUACAGAUAAAAAUACAGCUACAUAGAAUUCCAUUCAAAAUGUGUGCCAUGAUUUAUUAUUAUAUAAUUCAAUGUCACUGAAUCCUGAUAUUUGUUUAAAUCUAGUUGUAGAAGACAUCCUUUUGAUCACUAUUGAUUUUGU